GGUGUGAAGCCAAGAAGAAAGAGGAUGAAGCUCUCCGGCUUUGUCUCCCACGUAAACCCCCAGCUCCCUCGCCACCUGCGCAGCGUAAAAGUCUAGCGCAGGCUGCUUCCCAGGUUUCGCAGUUUAAAAUCCCUAAGCAGCCGAAACCUCAGCUCGCCCCGACCCUCCCGCCCGGUCGGACCAGCUGGCCCAGGAAAUCCGCAACCCCGGUCACAGCUCCGCCGGCUCAGCCCGCGCGAGCUGCCCUCGACCAGGUCAGGAAAAAGAAGAGAGCGGCCUGAUACACCUCUCUCUCCACCGGUGAUGCAGCUAGCUGUUCCUCGUUCACUAGCUCCGCCAGUUCGGCUUUUCAGCGUGCUCCGGGCCCACCACGCCCCCAUCUCCCGGCUGCCACGGACCGUGCCAGAGUUAUCCGGGAGACACGGACAUUUGACGGCAGAAAGUUCAGUUCCCUCAUGUCCACAAGCACGCACAAUCACACAUCUUUUCCCAGAGAAAAUAAAAUGUGUCCCGCUGCCGCAUCCAGGCCGAGUGCCGAGGGCGCAGCUAAUAAAAAACAAAAACAAAAUGUCGAACCCAAAAUGAACAGCGCGGUGGUGGCACCCGCUGUCCCGCCUCGGCGAGAAGCCACGGUUUUCCCCGGGGCGGGGGAAGUGUCGGCCCCGCCGCUGCGCUGUCCUCCCGGGCAGAAAUGUUCAGCGACACCCGGGAGCCAUGUCACUGUUCCUCCAGCAGAGGGCACCACCGCACCGCGGCUGGAGCCUCUUAUGCUGGAGAAGCUGCGAUAUGCAUCCACUCUCUCCUCCAAAUGGGAGAGAUGGGCCGCGUUCGCAGCCCCACCCUGGGUGUUAAAGACGAUCUCGAGGGGAUACAGGCUGCAGUUUGCCGCUGUUCCCCCGCGCUUCGCCGGUAUAAUACACUCCCAGGCUCAGGGAGAGUCAGCUCGCGUUUUACAGGAGGAAAUCGUCUCACUGUUGAACAAAGGAGCAAUUUGUGUCGUACCUCCCGCACAGUGUCAGAGCGGUUUUUACUCCAGGUAUUUUCUGGUCCCCAAACGGGGGGGGAGCGGUAUUCGCCCUAUCCUGGAUCUACGUGCUCUGAACAGACAUCUCAGGAAAUACAAGUUCAGGAUGCUAACGCACGCAUCCCUGUUGCGUCUUGUGCGUCAGAGCGAUUGGUUCACUUCUGUCGAUCUGAAAGACGCGUAUUUCCACAUCCCGAUUUAUCCUCCCCACAGAAAGUAUCUGAGGUUUGCUUUCCAGGGGAUCUGUUACGAGUACCGCGUGCUCCCUUUCGGUCUGUCUUUGAGUCCCAGGGUGUUUGUGCGGUGCACGGAAGCGGCGAUAGCCCCGCUGAGACGGCAGGGCAUCCGCUUGGCCACAUACCUGGACGACUGGCUGCUGCUAGCUCAGUCGGAGCAGGAGGCCAGGACGCACACGCGUAUUCUCAUACGACACCUGUCCGAUCUGGGUUUUGUUAUAAACUCGGAAAAGAGCAUGUUGUCUCCGACACAGAGCAUAAUCUUUCUGGGUUUAUCUCUGGACUCGGUGACUUUCACAGCGCGCCUCUCGGCGGACCGAGUGAAAGUUUUCAGGGCAUGUCUAGCGCUCUUUCAUCCAGGCAAAUCUGUUCAGUUCAGAUUAUGUCUUCGGUUACUCGGGCUGAUGGCGUCUGCCAUUCACGUAGUCCAUCUGGGUCGGCUCCACAUGAGGGAAUUCCAGCUUUGGGUGGCCUCAUGCGGGCUAGAUCCCGUGCGUCAUGGCGCACGGAGAGUGCUGAUCACACCGGAGUGCGCCAGGACGCUGCGCCACUGGCGAGCUCCGUCCUUUCUGACCCGCGGCGUGCCUAUGGGUUCCGUCCUGUCCAGGAAGGUGGUCACUACGGACGCCAGCCUGACGGGUUGGGGCGGCAUUCACGAGGGUCGGUCUGUGAGGGGCCGCUGGAGUGUGAGCCUCCGUCGCUCUCACAUAAAUUUUCUGGAACUUUCAGCGGUGUUCCUCUCCCUGAAACAUUUUCUUCCGUCUCUUAUGGGUCAUCAUGUCCUGGUGAGAACGGACAAUACGACGACGGUGGCGUAUAUCAACCGUCAGGGGGGAUUACGCUCCCGUCAGUUACACAUGCUGGCACGCAGACUGAUCCUGUGGAGCUGCGGUCGUCUCCUCUCGCUGAGAGCGACGCACGUCCCGGGAGUCCUGAACACGGGAGCGGACCUGUUGUCCAGGGGCGCGCCAGUAUACGGGGAGUGGACUCUACACCCGGAUAUUGUGGAACAGAUAUGGGCUCGUUUCGGUCGGGCCGUGGUGGAUCUGUUCGCGUCGAGAGACAACGCGCAGUGCGCGCUGUUUUACUCUCUGCGCAGCGCGGAUGCUCCUCUCGGGGUAGACGCACUAGCGCACGUCUGGCCGCACGAGCGUCUGUACGCAUUCCCCCCCCUGGCCCUGAUACCACCCACUCUGUCCAGAGUGAGAGAGCACGGCCACGCGCUGAUUUUGAUAGCUCCGCAUUGGCCUGCGAUGCACUGGCUAGCGGAGAUAUAUCAGUUGAUGUGCGCUCAGCCCUGGCAGCUCCCGCUGCGCAGGGACCUGCUAUCGCAGGGGGGAGGGACUGUUUUCCACCCGCACCCGGAACGCCUGGCACUGUGGGCUUGGCCCCUGAGUGGCUAAAUCUGUCAGCUGUGGGUCUUUCACAGCGGGUGAUUUCCACCAUACAAAGUGCUCGAGCCUCCUCCACUAGGUCUCUGUAUGACUGUAAGUGGAGAGUGUUUGAGGGGUGGUGUCAUAAAAA